AAGAUUCUGUUUCCUUGAUUCCUUUUUCUGCGAUUUUACUUGUUUUUUCUUUUUUUUCUUUAAUCAGUAAAAUUGUUAAUUUCCUUCAAAUUCUGGUUUAUGAGUUAGAGAUUAUUGUUUUUGAAUUCUGUGAGAUAUAUGAUUUUUAUGGUGAAGGUUACAAGAUUUGUGAAAAUGGGUUCUGCUGCAUUUUCAGAGCAGAAGGCUCUGGAGCCUGGGAGACACUACAUUGGUGAUUCUUGUGGUGGCAUGGAAAGUGUGCCAACAAUCAUGGGGAAUAAUGAGGAUGCAGAAGUUGAGAUUACUGGGUGGACUAAUUCUGGGAAAGGUUUGGUUGUGCAAGAAGAAUGUGAGGGUGUUACUGAGUGUUCUAGCUCUUUUGGUGAUACAGGAUCUGGGUCUGAGAGUGCUACUACCUUCAGUGAUGAUGAAGUUCAAUCACAAAUGUGUUGUGAUGACGACGACGCGUCCUCUUCUAUGUGUGGUGAUGAUUGGCGCGAAUUACUUCAAGCAAGAAAGAAAACGGUAACAGUUCAUUGGAGGAGGUUCAUAGACCCUCUUAUGUGGCGUUGUAAGUGGGUUGAAUUGCGACUAAAACAACUUCAGUCUCAAGCACUUAAAUAUGAAAAAGAGCUUGCAGCAUACAAUUAUGCCAAGAAACUUGAUUUUGCACACUUAACAUUAGAUGGCUGUGGUAUCAAAUCAGUACCUAUAUCUGGUCGGAUGCAUAGGAAUAAAGUUAUGAAGAGGAACAACAGGAAAAGAGUCGAAGAGAAGUGUGAUUUAGCAUCAUACAUGUCAAAUCAUAGUUUAUUCUCUUACUAUGAGAAGACAGAUUGUGGUGUUGAUGCUUGUUUGAAAGAUUGUCAUGGAGUUGCUAUUGGUGGUAAAAAUGAUGAUGAUGAGUUCAUGUUGAAUUAUUUGCGGUCUUCCAUAGACUAUGAAAAUGAUAAAUCCUUGGUUGACAUCAUUCAAAAGAUUGAAGCUGUACAGUCUCAAGUUCAAGAAUUGAAAACUCGAUGUGAUAGGGUCAUUAGUGAAAAUCCAGGAAAGUUUUGUUCAGUAAAUCAAUUGACUGUGCAUCGGCCAUCUGAUGGACUUAAUCACUCUGAUCCUCAGACUGCUAUUUUCGCUGGUCAUGAAGGCAUAAUUUCCCGUAUUGAAAGCACUGAUAUGCUUGAGCUUGAUGAUCCAUGGGAAGAUACCAAGGAUGGAGUUCUUAUACAGAAUCAGGUAGCUAUGGAAGAGUUGCUUGAUUUUGAGAAUGUUGAAGAGGACAAGUCAAUUUCUGAGGUUCAAGUUUCAGAACCUGACUCCACUGAUAAUGAUGUGAAUAAUGUUCGUUCUGCUUUAAAAUCAUGUUCUACAUUGAAGUCAACUGUCCCUAGGAACAAAAGGAAAGGAAGGAAGAAAUCUAGCUCAAAGAGAUGGAACCAGAGGUUUUCAGGUUAAUCUGAAUUUGAUGAUAAUGAUUGUUCAACACAGCUUAAGGAUAUGAGGAUUUCUCAUCUUCUUCUGUCGUUUCUGACACAUCAACAUCAUGUCCAAUGUAUAAAUGCUGGCUGUGUGCUCAAUACUCUCUUACAUGAAGGAAUUAAUUCAAUUGUACAUGAUGUUAAUAUGGGAGCAUGCUCUUCUUUAGUUGAAAUUUGUUGGAUGACCUUAGUCACUGAUUACUGAUUCCUUAGGUAGGAAUUAUUUCGUUAUACCUUGUAUGUCCUUUGACAUAUUUUGACUAGUAUGAUUUUGCUCCUUGGAAUAUUAUUAAUUUUGUAUAUCUUAAAAUUUUGAUUUCGUUCCUUUAUGUCAAUUAUCAAGUGAUAUGGAGAAUACCUGUAAAUUUUCUAAAGUAUA